CGGCGCCUGUUUAUUGUUCUCGCCGCCGCCGCCGCGUUCUGGCUUUCCCGGCGCCUGCGGGGCCGUGGUGGGAGGGAGCGAGGGAGGGCGGACAGCAGGACCGGGCGAGCAGAGCCCCUCCGCCAGCGGCGGCGCGGGGGCGGAGGUAGGAGGGAGCGAACGGGCGGAGGCGCCGCCCGGGGGCCGUUAACCCGUUUCCGCCUCUCCGCAGCGCGAGCCCGGGCGGCGAGCGCGCGCGUCACGCCGGAGCGAAAGCGGGACAGCCCGGGAGCGGCAGCCCGGGAGCGGCCAUGGCCUACGCGUACCUCUUCAAGUACAUCAUCAUCGGAGACACAGGUGUUGGGAAAUCAUGUUUAUUGUUACAGUUCACAGACAAGCGGUUUCAACCAGUCCACGAUCUCACUAUUGGUGUAGAAUUUGGGGCUCGAAUGAUCACUAUUGAUGGAAAACAGAUAAAGCUUCAGAUAUGGGAUACGGCAGGGCAGGAGUCCUUCCGUUCCAUCACAAGAUCGUACUACAGAGGGGCUGCAGGGGCUUUGCUAGUGUAUGACAUUACAAGGAGGGACACUUUCAACCACUUGACAACUUGGUUAGAAGAUGCUCGUCAGCAUUCCAAUUCCAACAUGGUUAUAAUGCUUAUUGGAAACAAAAGUGAUUUAGAAUCUAGACGAGAAGUUAAGAAAGAGGAGGGUGAAGCAUUUGCACGAGAACAUGGACUUAUCUUUAUGGAGACAUCUGCCAAAACUGCUUCCAAUGUAGAGGAGGCAUUUAUUAACACUGCAAAGGAGAUCUACGAGAAAAUCCAGGAAGGAGUUUUUGACAUUAAUAAUGAGGCAAAUGGCAUAAAAAUUGGCCCUCAACAUGCUGCCACCAAUGCAACACUUGCAGGCAAUCAGGGAGGACAGCAAGCUGGAGGAGGCUGCUGUUGAGCCUGUUUUUACUUUCUAGCUGCCUGGAUGAGGCCUACUUACUUGUUUGUUCACCCUUUCCUCCCCCUGCCCUGCUCGCCUCCACUUCAAUUCAACUGAGACAUGAAACUUGUAAGUUGGUUUCCUGUUGCAGAAGACUUUAUCCUUCAAAUUCUUGUAUAACUUUGAAUAAAUGGUUAAUGUUCACUUAAAGACAGAUUUUGGAGAUUGUAUUCAUAUCUAUUUACAUUUGAUUUCUAGGUCAAUUGAUGUGAUUAUUUUUGUUAAAUGUUGUCUUGUGCCCUUGACUACGAACUGAAUUGUAUUAAACACUACAAAGUCAUCUGAGUAUUUUAAUCAGUUUGUGUAGUUAGGUUUCCCACCUCCUGAGGUUACCUAAUGUUUAAUAUUGUAGAGCUGUCCUCAAGUUUUUUGUCAAUUUUCAAGGCUAUGAAGAGAAGCAGAAGGACUCUUUUAAUUCUGUAUUUAUCACUUUCUGUAUAUAUAGUUUAAUAACCUGCUUGGGUGUACUUGCCAAGCUAGAAUUCUUAAAUGCAUUUGCAUAAAAUCUAUACUACUUAGAGCUUGAAAACUACAAAAGCAUUAAUAGGAACUGCUUGGAUGCUAAAUUUUAAGCCUUUUUGACAUUGUUAGCAUGUUCAUGCUCCCCUGUCAUUAUCCUGAAGUCCAAGAGAGAUGCUUAAUGUAUAUUACUAGAGGCUACAUACGUGCUAUCUAUUUUAAUGCCAAAUGUUUGCUGUUUAUCCACAAUUUCCACAACACCUCUUCAGAAAUGGAUUAGCUGUUUGCCUUAACAAAUACUGUAGGUGAAAACAGAGUAUGGAUGAAAAGUAGAGGAGGAGUUGAUAAAUUUAAAAUGGCACAUUUUAAAAACAUUAAUCUUCUCAAUGUUUUUUUUCUUGUUUACCACUUGAUUUCUAGGUAUAUUUUUCAUGCAAGGACAGUUUUUCAACCUAAAUGUAUAGUGGUCGUGUAAAGUUUUCUUUUAGUGACAACUUGUAAUCCUAAAUAUAUGGUAAGCAUCUUGUCUAUUGUGAAGAGGGUGUGAAAAUAAAAUCUGCCAGUUUGGAAAUCUUGCUGAAAAUCAAAACUACAAA